AUAGAAAAUGAAUUCACUUACAUGCAGUUACCAGCCCACCUUUGCCAUUCCAUUUCAUUUGAUAUCAGCCAAUGUUUUUGCGAAUAAAUUUCCAUUGAACCUACCCGUAAACACAGGAAAUGGCUUAGAGGUAGCGUAAAAUAAAUAGCUUGGAAAGUAAUAUACACACGUAAUUUUUAAAAAAAUAUUUGUAUUUAUGCCUUGAAAACGAAACCGAAAUUGAAAUAACUUCCCCCGACGGGUGUCGCUGUUGUCGCCGCUACGUCAUUUCCUGCGUCUCGCGGCGGGCCGGCGGGUGCAUGUGUGUUUGGUGUGUUCUCCGUGACAUUCUUGAAGUUGUGAGUAAUUCGAUUGUUUUUUGCUGCGUUUAGAUUGUACCACCUCGUUGUUUUCGUGUACUUUUGCGCUCAUCGACGUGAAGUGAGCGUCCGGAGUGAAGGCGACGCGAUCAUGCGUGAGAAAGAAAGGCAGCAGCGGCCUACGACAUCGGUGUUUCUUUGUGACAGUGUGUUUACUAUGCCUACGACGGCCGUCAUUCGUGGCGAAAGAGAAAACAUCUUCCAUUCGGCCUGAACAGUGAUGAAGUGGACGUUUUCUUUUUCGGCGGAAUGCAUCGUCAACAUGGUCCAUCCACUACGUAAACCAAACGGCUUGCCCAGAGUACACAUCGUGACAGCGCUCCACCUUCAAACCGAGGGCCUUUUGCAAGGCGCAUGGACUGCUCAUAUAAAAGUUACAGUCAACAUGAAGCAAUUGCAUGGGAACCGACUGGCUGUCUUGGGCCUACACAUUGCUGAAAAGACUGUGAAGACAUCUGAGCUGACAGGUAGAAAACAAGCAGAUGGCUACAGCGAUCAAGGAAGAAAUGGUUUCAUCUAUGAUGGCUCGCCUUAGGACAUUGGAAUGGAGCUACACAAAGGCAUCACCAGCCUCGCCUGUGCCCUGGAACAUUGGUUUGAAUAAGACUGUUCUUCAGUGUAGAACGACCACAAGACUUGUCACCACAUACAAGGCGUAGUGCAAGCUCUAAAUAUUGUACAGGUGGCUAGAAUAAAUGACCCUCCAUGCAGUCA